AGACGUCACAAUGCCGGCUCGGCCCUUUGGUGCACGAUUGGCUGCCGCUGUCACUUACGCGUCGCUCUUACUCGUUUGCCCCUCGUGUUCAUGGGAGCUCGUUUUCUUUUCCUCUAGGCAGAGAAGAGGCGAUGGCGGCGAUGGCAUAUCUCGGCGCCCUGGCGCUGCUCCUGUUGUCCAGCCUCUCCCGCUGCUCAGGAAACGCUGGGGCCAGUCUUGGCCUUCUGUCAACUGGCCGGGAGCAGAGACCCUUUCUCAUCUUGAAAGCCCCAGUGCAUUGCCUGCCUGCAGCCCCUACCCCGGAUGUCUCUGCUGAGGAUGCCUUCACUGAGGCCUGCCUAGAGCCCCAGAUCACCCCUUCCUACUACACCACUUCUGACGCUGUCAUUUCCACCGAGACUGUCUUUAUUGUGGAGAUCUCCCUGACAUGCAAGAACAGGGUCCAGAACAUGGCUCUCUAUGCUGACGUCGGUGGAAAACAAUUCCCUGUCACCCGAGGCCAGGACGUGGGGCGUUAUCAGGUGUCCUGGAGCCUAGACCACAAGAGCGCCCAUGCAGGCACCUAUGAAGUCAGAUUCUUCGACGAGGAGUCCUACAGCCUCCUCAGGAAGGCUCAGAGGAAUAAUGAGGACAUUUCCAUCAUCCCGCCCCUGUUCACAGUCAGCGUGGACCAUCGGGGCACUUGGAACGGGCCCUGGGUGUCCACUGAGGUGCUGGCUGCGGCGAUUGGUCUUGUGAUCUACUACCUGGCCUUCAGCGCAAAGAGCCACAUCCAGGCCUGAGGGCGGCACCCCAGCCCUGCCCUUGCUUCCUUCAAUAAACAUCACAGGACCUGA